AUGUCGGCUGAGAGAUUCAGCAGUCAGGCUGUCAACCGCCUGGAGGAGAAAACACACGCGGCCCAAGCUGAUGGCAUGUCUUACUGUGUUGUGGCGUAUUUAUGGAAGUGCAAGUCAGCUGUUGCACAGCAGGAAGCAGCAACUGGUCAACGAGAAGUCUGGCUGCCCUCAGCCAAUCAGUCAGGCUGCCCGUCUCCACACAUUGCUCCAAACAUCCCUCAUAUCACUGAAAAUGAAAAAGCCUCCAUGGAAAUACAGUUCAUGCAGAGCAGGGUGUCUGAGUCAGCCAGCGUGGCUGCUCAGGAACUGUUUACAGCUGAGUGCAAGUUUAAGGAGUCAGUGUUUGAGAACUACUAUGUGAUCUACAGCUCCAUGCUGUACAGACAGAAGGAGUCGGGCCGCGCAUGGUUUUUAGGCUUAAAUAAAGAGGGACAGGCUAUGAAAGGAAACAGGGUCAAGAAGACCAAACCAGCUGCACACUUCCUGCCUAAACCCAUAGAAGUUGCCAUGUACCGGGAGCCAUCGUUGCAUGACGUAGGAGAGGCGGUGCCUAAGCUCGCAGGGGGCCCGCCUUCCAAAAGCACAACCUGUGAGCCUGUGGUCUUGAAUGGCGGCAAACCAGUCAGCAAACCAGACAAGGAGGCGACAUAA